ACUCUUUCGUGCAAUCCCCUCUUCUUUCAUUCUUUCGCUCUUUUUCAUUCUCACACAUCCCCUCAACGGGGUCUAUCAUGAUUUUCUGUCUGGGAAAUAUGCUCUUGUCUUAGCUUCAUCUAUCCUUGCUUUAACUACCCUCCUUACCCCGAAUCUACCACCACCGCCGCCGCCGCCAUGGUGCGCCUGUGGCCUUUCAAGGCCGAAGACGAUUCCCCAGCAUCCUUCGAGAAAGCUCUCUCGGCCCUCUCCGAGAAGAUCACCCGAACCACCAACCGCCUCGACCUCCACCGCCAACACGCCCGCCGCUUCAAGGCUCUUUGGACCCUUUACACCACCUUUGCCUACCUCCUCUACUCAAUCAUAUUGGCUCUGGUACUAGGAUGGCAGAAUUGGGGCAUAGCUGAAUAUGCCGCCGUCGUGGGCGGACCCAUCCUGAUCUACACCGUCCGCACCGGCGCCACCCGGUACUACGACUACCGCAUCACCAAGACCCAAGUCCACCUCGACGCCCUCCACAAACAGCGCGACACCACCAUCGAGAAGCUGAAAGAAGCCACCCGCUACAACUCCACCCAACAGCUCCUCGAGAAAUAUGGCGCCAGCGGCGGAGGAGGGACCCUCAAGCGCACCAAGUCCCGCACCGGAGACGACAAGCGCAAAUCCGAUGCCAGCCUUAAAAAGCGGAACCAACAACAACCCCAACAACCACCGGUCCAACGCACCGGGUUGCCUCCUCCCCCAACGGCCAACAUCCGUCGUACCCCGCAACAAUCGCCGCCGCAGCAACAACAACAGCAGCAGCAGUAUCCUCCCAGCCCGGGUGGUCAGUACCCCCCUCCGCCUUCCUCUCCGUUUAUGAUUCCCGGGGGUCAUGGACACGGACGACCUCAACAGGCAGGUUCAAGGUCUCCGGAUCUCCUUUCCUCGCCGCCGGCGUUUGACGAGCCCGGGUUCGCACCCAAUGCCUUCUCAUCUACCCCGCCGCAGUACAUCGAAUCCUCGCAUUGGUACGAUCGUCUGUUGGACGUGUUGCUCGGAGAGGACGAGAUGCAGCCCAAGAACCGCAUGGUGUUGCUCUGCGCGAACUGUCGGCUGGUGAACGGCCAGGCGCCGCCGGGGAUCAAGUCCCUGGAGGAGCUGGGGCGCUGGCGGUGCGGCAGCUGUGGCGCCUGGAAUGGUCAGGAGAGUGAAGCGAAAAAGGUGCUCGCGGAGAUCCGGAAUGAGCCCCCGCUUGCUGCCGCGGCUGCGGUGAGCACGGAUGCCGAGGUCCAGUCCUCUGUUAGUGAGCGAUCGGAUGACGGGGUGAUCGUCGCCGCCAGUGAGGAUGAGCAGGUGGAUUCGGCAAGUGAUGGCGCUGAAGGGGCGGCGGAGGAGGAGGAUCAGUCAACGGGCGACGAUGAGCAGAGCGAGGCAGACCAGAAGGAGGAGCCCGCGCCGAAGACGACGACUCGCGGACGUGGUAAAGGGGGGAAGAGAAAGGGGUGAGCGUGGAGGUUAUAUUCCGGUGGGGCUUUGCAUUCUUUCUUUCUUUCUUGUUCUUGGUAGGGUUGGGAUAAUACAUGCAUUCUUAUACU